CUCUCAUUUCUUCUCCUUCUCUCUCUAUCACUCGAGCAGUCGAGCUUCUUCUGAUAUUUUCUCUGCAAGAAACUCUAAUUCUUGAAGAUCUCAUCUAUGGCGACUAGUCUGCAACUCAUGGUUUUUACUAUCUCUAUUUUCGUCUCGUUCUACCUCUCGUCGACGAGCGCGGCUGUAAUGAACGAAGGUUCUGCUUCGUCAUUUUUCACUCCUGUUGGAUCACCACUGCCGUCCCAAGAAGUUCAAGAAUCGACCUCUUCAACUGCUCUGUUUCAGACGAUCUUGACGAAUCUCGGCUACUAUCAGCUCGCAUCGGCGAUUCCGUCCCUUUCAGACUCCGCAUUAACAAUCUGGAAUGGUCCUUCAACGCUCUUUGCACCGACAGAUGCUUCCAUCCAAAGCUGCGGUUCAUGUUCCGUAGCACAGCUUCUCCGAGAACACAUGGUUCCAGGGGUAUUCUCUUUCGAUUACCUCGGCAAGCUAGCCUUCGGGACGAAACUCGAGACCAUGAGCCCUGGGCGUUGCAUUACAGUCACGUCGGCGGACAACGGCACAAAGAUCUACAUCGGUGGUGUUGAGAUCACACAUCCAGAUCUCUACAACAAUGGAGUGAUCCUAGUUCACGGUCUACAAGGCUUCGUCGGUCCUCUUCCAGCGUCCUCUUGCAAAGUCGAGAGGAUAACCUCGAUCCCCUUUUCCACGACUCAGCCGCCCGUCGCUGAUCAAUGGCAGUCCCUGUGGCGGAAUACUCUGAUGCAAUUGAUGUUAAGGGACGCCAUGCUUCGACUCCGCAACAAUGGUUUCAACUUUCUCUCUCUUGCUCUGUGGAUCAAGCAUGCAGAGCUACUCAGCCUCAGGAAUAUGACAAUUUUCGCUCUCGAAGACGAAUCGAUCUUUGCCGGAGGACACUCCUUCAUUAGCAGCGUAAGGUUCCAUAUCGUGCCGAACCGGAUGUUGAUGGUAACCGAUCUAGCGAAUCUCCAGGAGGGGACAGUUCUGCCGUCGUUGGAAAGUGGACAGACGCUGGUGGUGACGACCGCAGGUACGGGAGAAGCAUCGUCAGUGAGGAUCAACUACGUUCGUGUGAGGAAUCCUGAUGUGAUGCACAAUCUCAGGAUUGUAGUCCAUAGCGUAGUCUGGCCGUUCCCUCACAUUCACCAAGCAGCUUUCGCUGGAAUUGUUGGAGGCUCGGACUUGGACAUGAGCGUCGAUGGAGCCUUGCAGAAGGGCGAUGGCGGCGAUGUUGGUGGGGGAACUUGUACAGCUACAGAGGGAGGAGGUUGUGCAUCGAGUCCCGCGUCGGUGGUCCAAGCGACGUCUAUUACUGAAGAUAACGAUGGCCUGUGAAAUUCAAGUUUGAUCUUCGUUCUUGAUUCCUGAAAUUUCCACGUUGAAAGAGGUGUUUCUGAUCACAUUCUCUUCGUUCUUUUUCCAUUGGUUUUAUCCUUCGUUUGUUACGCACCUACGGGUUGCCUGGCUCUUUAUGCUUUGAGCCAUUGAUGUACGGAAAAAGCAGAAGUACUGCUAGUGCUACUCUACAGUCUACACUGUAUAGGCUAAUACUGUAUGCCUGCGUGAUUGAAUACUACUACUACCCUACUCCAAGCUGUACGAUGAUA